UUUUUUUUCCUUAUAUUUGGUGUAGUGGACGAGGAUUUAAACAUGGUAAAAACGUUCACAAUGCCACUCCAAGGGACAAAAAGGCUCAUGAAUUGUUGCCUCGAAUGCUUAGGGACUGAAUUCAACCAUGUAAGAAAGCUUUACUUCUUUCAAAUGGUACCAGCCACAUAGCUUCUUCUCAUUAAGCUAUGUUGCACUAAUAAAAUGAAAAUGAGAAAAAUGAGAUAUGGACAAACAGUUAAUAAAUAAAGAAAUUUAAAUCAAUAUACAAAAUCUUAUUGCUAGAAAAAGAAAAUAAAAUAAAAUUUAGGAAGAACCAACACAUCAAGUGUGCUUGUUUGGUUUUGUUCAAUUUCUCUUCAACCCUCCUAAAGUGGUAAAAAUCAAAUUCCAGUGGAUGGUUAUGUCCAUCACCGUUAAUGAAUCCUCCCUGGCAAUUUUUUUGCAUUAAUGCUUCUGUGCCCCUGCAGUUGCAAUCAUCCUUUUUCUCCAACUUGCAAUCUUAUAAAUCUGAAAACGACACUAUUAAUCCAGCGAAAAGAGUUGUGUCAUCAACUGCCAUUUGUUUUUACAAAAACAGAAAAUUCAUCUUCAAAAUGCAAACCAGAAACGGAUAUCCUACUUUGCUUGGUAAGAAUUUAUCCGCAGUCUAGUUGCCAGCAGCAUCUUAGCUAAUUAAUCAUAAUUACUCAAAGUCACCGCUAUGGUAGCUAAAGAAAUCAUUUUUUCUUUUCUCACAAACCUAAGGUACGUAGGUUAUCCAAAACACAUUAUCUCCCUUCUAGCAGUCCAAACUAACAUAUCCAUAUACCUCUAUCUUUUGGCAUGACUUUAGUUUAAACUAUUAUCCAUCCAUUUGUAUGUUUUCAUGCACAUGAGCUGGAAGUCUGCAAUUUCAUGCACAUAAGCUGGAAGUCUACUACACUAUUUGACUUUUUCUGAAUAAAACAUGUUCUGUCAA